AUGAGUUAACGAGAUCUGAGUAAUUUGAUUUCAAUCAAUCCUAACGAUCCCCAACAAUAUUAAGACUUAUUGGCUUAUUAUAGAUCUAAAUUGGGAGAAUUUGAGAAGGAAAGAUUUGAAUGGUUGACAAAAUUGGAGGAAAUCAAAAUUCAAUAUGAGGACAAGCAUCAACAGGAAUGGGAAUUGCUGAAAAGGAAAUAAGAGAUAAAAGAGUUGUAAUAAACAAAUUCAAGAAUUUAGUUAAUGCUAUUUGAAGAGAGAUAGGCCCGAUUGAAGUUGUAAAAGGAGAAUGAUGCCCUGAAGGUGAGAGAAUUGGAAGAUAAAAAGAAGAUUGCUGAAUUAAUGGCUAUGAUUGAACCCAUUGAGGAAUAAGUAGUAUUAUAAAAAGAUUUAAGACCUGAAGUAACUACAAAAUAUACAGGCGAUACAUUGGCUGUGAGAGAGAAACAAGGAAAUGUUAAGAUGCACAACAUCAAUUAAGGGAGAAGCAUAUUAAAAACAGUUUAUAUGCCAAACGAAUAGUUGAAUGCCUAUUAAUUGGAGAAUGAAAAUUUGAAAAAAUAAGUUGAAAAUGCAGAAAUUAUGUUGACCCAAUAAUUCGCAGCUUUGAGAGAGGAAUUGAGAGCAAAGGAAGUUGAAACCAAUUUAAGAAUAAAAGAAGACUAAUAAAAAUUAGAUUAAUUGGUUUAAAAAAUAUAGAAAUUAGAGAAACAAAAUGUAGAACUUGUUAAAGGUAAAACUUAUGAAUAUAACGAAUUAUAGAUUGUUAUGCAUAAAAAUAAAAAUUUUAGAAUAAGGAGAGAUAAAUGUAAGAGGAUUUGGGAGGUAGCAAAGUUGAAAAAUAAAAAGUUGAAGAUGGAAUUGGAUUAAAUUUAAAAGAAAUAUAAUAUUGAAAAUAAAACAGCCUUGGAAUUGCUUGAAAAGAAGUCUGAUGAAUACAAUAAAAAAUUUAGAAGUCAAAUCAAAUCAAAAGAUGAGCAAUUGUCAAUCAUCAAAGAACAAUAUGAAUAAGUUUAGAAUAUUUAUAUUAACAAAAUAUAAUAAUUGGAAGAGAAUCUAUCCAAAUUAAUUGAGAAAUAUUAAUAAUUGGAAAAGAGAAGAUCUCUAGAAAUCGAAGGGUUCAAGAAUGACAUCAAAAUAUUAACUAAGAAAGUUAAAGAUUGUGAGAAAUCACAAGUGGAUAAAUAAAAUGAAAAUAAAUCUCCAGAAGAAUUGGCUAAAUAUUAAGAGGAGGCUCAAUAGAUGAAACAAUAAUUAGCCAAAGAGACUGGGAUCAUUUAUUCUUCAGGAAAGAAAAACAAUGCAAAUAAUCAGCAAUAAACCAUUAAAGUAAAAGGUAAUCAAUAGAGAGGGGCAUCAAAAACAAUGAAACAAUCUAAUAAACAAACCAAAAAGGGAUUUAAUAACUAAAAUUAAACUGAUUAGAAGGAAGAGGAUGAUGCAUCUGAAUCUGUUCCAAUGCAUGAAUUAGAAGAUCUUCAACGAUAAUUAGAUGAACUACAAUAUCAAAUGGAUAAGGCAAAGAAACAAUGA